AUGGCUUUUACUCCGGGCGGCGACGAGAGAAUCGAGAUAGCGUUCUUUGACCUGGAGACGGCGGUUCCGGCCAAAUCGGGACAGCCUUUCGCUAUUUUGGAGUUUGGGGCUAUCUUAGUCUGCCCUAGGAAGCUAGUGGAGCUCUACAGUUACUCCACCUUGGUUCGACCCACCGAUCUUUCUCUCAUCGCCACGCUAUCGAAGCGGCGAAGCGGCAUCACGCGCGACGGAGUUCUCUCUGCACCCACAUUCUCUGAAAUUGCCGAUAAAGUCUACGACAUUCUCCACGGAAGAAUUUGGGCGGGACAUAACAUAAAGAGAUUCGAUUGUGUAAGAAUAAGAGACGCAUUUGCAGAAAUUGGUCAAUCUCCGCCGGAGCCGAAAGCUACAAUCGAUUCGCUCUCAUUGUUGUCUCAGAAGUUUGGGAAGAGAGCUGGGGACAUGAAGAUGGCAUCACUUGCUACAUACUUCGGGCUAGGAGAUCAGUCACACAGGAGCUUAGAUGAUGUCCGGAUGAAUCUUGAAGUUGUCAAGUACUGUGCAACUGUCUUGUUUCUGGAGUCCAGUGUCCCUGACAUUCUAACAGACAUGAGCUGGUUUACCCCAAGGAAAAGUCCAAGAGCGCGAAGUAAUGAGAAGUCAUUGCGUAAUGGAGUCAAAGAAGGCUCAGCUUCCUCCUCCUCAAGCCCUAAAACUGAUCAGAGUUUGUCUUCCGUGGAUGCCACAACCAAAGAAAGCCAUCCCAUCUUUUCCCUUCUGACGGAAUGCUCAGAAAACGAUACAUCUUCUUGCGAAAUAGAUCCAUCUGAUAUAACCACUCUUAUAAGUAAACUACACAUUGGAACUCCUCAGACAGAUGCUGCUGACGAAGCAAAAACUACAACAAGGCAGCAGCAGGAUGAUUCAACUCCAUCACCCAACUCCGAUGCCAAAAAUGAUUUGUUUCUAGGCGUUGCUGAAGCAUCUGUUUCUAGCAUCAGGGCAAGUCUUGUCCCGUAUCGUGGGAGCCUAAGGAUGAAGCUGUUUCACAACGAUGCCCCUCUGCAACUCUAUUGGGGUAGCUUGAAAGUUCGGUUUGGAAUAAGCCGGAAGUAUGUGGAUCAUGAAGGUCGUCCGAGGUUGAACAUUGUUGUCGACGUGCCUCCUGCUUUAUGCAAGAUCUUGGACGCAUCCGAUGAUGUUGCGCAUAACUUAUCGAUUGACUCAGCCACAACCUCAGUUUGGAGGCUUACCGUAAUGAGGAAAGAAAGAUUUGCCAACUAUCCCACAGCCAGAUUGCAAAUAAGCUCAGAAUCGAAUGGAGAUGGAACCGAGGUAUACCAGAAAGAAGAACCUUUGGAAACCAUUCAAAAGCUCGAUUUCAGUAGCAAUGAGUUUGAAAAGCUCGAGUCUGCAUUACUUCCCGGUACCCUGGUUGAUGCGUACUUCUCACUCGAGCCUUAUGAUUAUCAGCGAAGGGCAGGGAUUCGUCUAGCAGCCAAAAAGUUGGUAAUCAGCCUGAAGAAAUGA